AUGCUCCAAGAUGAGCAUGCUGGUGAAGUAUUUAUCCUUAUUGAUGCUCUGGACGAGUGCGACAAAUCCAUGCGCAAGGCUCUGCUCCGUUAUAUGAGAAAACUGUUUCAAGCAUCCUCAAAACCAACAGAACACUUCAAGUUUCUGCUAACCUGCCGACUUGAGAUAAGAGACAUUGAAUAUGAGCUAGCCGGAAUUGGCGUAUUUUUGAGGAUGGACUCGAGCGAAUAUAGCCAAAGCCUGAAAGAAGAUGUCAAAAAGGCUUUAAAGAGUCGAGCCGGAGGCACCUUCCUCUGGAUGUCUUUGAUGGUCAAUGAGCUUGAGAGCACACCGAAUUAUGAGGUUGCAGAUAAACUCAAGGAUCUUCCCGAGGGGCUUGACGAAACUUACACCAGGAUUUUGGACGACAACAUUCCGAAGAAGAGGCGGGAGGACGCUCGAUUUCUCUUACCCAGCAUGGUCGCUGCGUGGCGACCCCUGACCAAAAAGGAGCUAGCGGCCUCAUUCGCGUUUUGGAAGACUGGAUCAGUACCAACUUCUGCCACCAAUCUGUCAAAGAUUUUCUACUGA